AUGUGCCUCACCCGAAGGCGCCCCGCCCGAAGUCGGGGAAGACCCAACCCAGGCGUCGACAGCACAACACCCGGUUACACAACCGCAGAAACAACAUCAACCACGACGCCUCCCGGUUUGAGCUUCUCUGGCAUUUCCUCGGCGAUCUCAUUCCGCGAAGGCGAAGUGGACAUAGCAUGGCUUCCUGCCGAGGUCUACCAAGAAGGCGACCAAGAUGGCAUCGAGUACUUUCUUCUUUACAGUACUGGCGAGCUCAACCUAUCCGAGUCUGAUGUGCAGAGCUUGGUUUUUCAGACUUCCGACGACAUCCUGAACGUUUCAGUCCUGUCCUUGGGGGAGAAACUGGAGGCUGUUCUCGGAGGUUUGGAGCCGAAAUCCAUGGUUUCGCUUCUGGUCUUAGCGAAAGGACCUCAAGGCGAAGUUUCUGACAACAGACGUGUGACGAAGGCCGUGAUCGCGGCAAAGAGCCCCGAGCUGGCAGAGAACGUUACCAUGAUGUCACUCACUGCAAACAGCAGCUUGCAUAUCAAGGCUAUGCACACGAACAUUUCCAUCAUUGCCACUGGCAUUGAGCUACCUCUGGUGACCGCAGGCAUGUGUUUGACAGGAACGGACAGCGAUGGCACUGCGUUCCUUGCCUUUGUGGAUGAUGUCUCAAGCUUGGGAAACACCCUCGUGGCGACGACACAUGACGCUGCCCUCACGGAGGUUUUUCGAACCCUGCAGGUGGAUGCCACUAUGGAUUUGACAGGAGGCGACAGGCAUGCAGGCAGCCGACGCUUGGCGGUCAAAGCUGGCGUGCAGGUCACCGAAAAGGUGCACUUGGAGUUUGCUCGAAGCAUUGCCAUCGAUCCUUCUCUUGAGGUAGAAUUUCCCGGGUGGCACUUUGCCCUGGACAUCGACUGGACGGGUGUCAACUCACUGGAAGUCACAGCUGGUCUCGCAUGGUCACUAGGGGUCGACGUCAAGUACGCAGGUAUCAACGCUUCGAUUUAA